AUGCACAUCUUCAUCUCUGGAGCCACUGGCCGCAACGGCCGCCUCAUCCUCGCCGAGGCCCUCUCGCGCAACCAUACCGUCACCGUCCUCGCCCGCGAUCCCUCUUCUCUCACACCACACCCAAACCUCACAAUCAUCAAAGGAACGCCAACCUCCCUCCAAGACGUCCAAACCGCCCUUUCAACACCAACCCCCCCUUCCGCCAUCCUCACAACAAUCAACCAGCGCCGCGUGUCAGAAAACCCUUUCGCGGCUCUAUCCCCCGACACCCCCACCGACCUCCUCACAUCCACCGCAAAAAUCCUCCUCUCCGCCAUCGCAAACACAGACUUCAACGGCCACCCCUCUCCCAAGAUUGUCGUAAACUCCCUCUUCGGCGCGCGCGAAUCCAUGGACAACAUGGCCUGGCCGCUCCGCUUCGUGCUGACCCACAGCACAAUGAAGAUUGCCAUCAAGGACCAUAACAACAUGGACGAAUUGAUCCGACAGAGCGGCGUGCCGUUUGUCUUUGCCCGGCCGGCAAGACUAACCGAAGGGCCGACCGAAGCGGUCAGGAUCUGGCCAGACAAUGGGCAAGGUUGCGGCUGGAACCCGGCCAUUAGCAGGGCUAGCUUGGCAGAAUGGAUGAUUAGGGCAGCUGAGGCGAAUGAGUGGGAUGGGAGAUCCCCGGUGCUGACAAAAUAG